CCAACAAAGGCAGCUUGAAUCGUAUGACGUAAUAUCCGACAAGGCAGAGAAUCUCUGCAAAACGUCGCCGUUUUGCGUCAUCAUCGUCUUCUUCCACCGCAUAGCAGGUUCUAGAGAGAAGCCAGAGAGAGAAAAUGUCGAAGAAGAAGGCUUUCACCGGAUCCACCAUGUCCCUCAAAGCCUUCCACGGCGGCUCCAUUCCCUCCGAUCUUCCCCUUCCUUCUGCUCCUGGCGCAAUUGCAAGGUCUGGCUCUGAGCGUCAGAUUUCAGGAGCUUGGGGAAACAAUUCGGGAAGAUCAGAGAACCGUUCACGACCUGGAUCAUCGGAUGCAGUGAGGAAAUUUGAUGAGAAGGGUUCUUUUUUCUCUCAACCGGCACACAUAGGUAGAAAUUUCGAUGAGGAUGAGCGCAAGCCAUUAGAUGGUGCAUCAGGUCCACGCAGGACUUUCAGCGAUGAAGGCAUUCGGUUGGGUCCUCCAAGUCCGCUAGAUUGGAAGCCAGACCCUUUGCCCACUGGGAGGGUGUCUGAAAGACAGGUAUUGCAUUCCGUGUUGCAAUCUCCAAGUUUAGCUCCAAGCUCUUCCCCGGUAAGAAUAGGAGGAGCAACUUCUGUUGGCAUUAAUUCACAAAUAUCAACUGGUGAUGAUGGCCAAAAUGUUACCAAUUCUCAGCCUAAUGCUUGGGCGGUGAGAAAAGAGGUUAUGGGCGUCACUGAGCCUGUGCCUUCUUCUAAAUUUGCUAAAGCUAGUGCUCUUGAGAAAGUUGCUUCGGGAAUGUGGCAGUCAAAAAAUCCCAUUGAGCUUCUUCCACAUUUACUCUAUUCAAAGGAUAAUGACAUAUCAGGUGGUGUGGGUUUGGUUAAUGAAAGGGGUAGUUAUGAUGAUGCAUGGGAAACUCAUGCAGAAAGGAGUUGGAUUGCUGAAGAUAGAAUUGGGAGUACAGCAAAGAUAUCACCAAGUUAUGAGAGGGGAAGGCCUAAGGUGGAUACAGAAGAGAUCCUGACUGAAGCUAAUUUUGGUGAGUCUCAAAUUCAAGCAGCAGUGGCCACAGAAGUAUCAGGACCACCUAAGUUAAAGCUACUUCCAAGAUCUAAACCAAUGGAGACUUUGGAAAAGGAUCAUAAGCAGGGUUAUCAACAACCCAUGGAGUCUGGAAAAGUUGUAACUGUGAACAGAGUACAUGGAAACACAGAUCCUCCAAAACCAGGAUUUUCAGGUUCUGUUGAUGGGAAUCGACCAGUUGAGCGUCCCAAACUUAACUUGAUGCCCCGCUCCCUGCCUCUUGAAAAUUCAGAAGAAAGUCUUGAAAGAGAAAGGAAAACAGUGUUUGGUGGCGCUCGUCCAAGGGAACUGGUACAUGUUCUGAAGGAGCGAGGCAUUGAUGAUCUUGCAACUUGUAAUGUCAACCUCAGACAUACACCGAAUAGGGCCAACGACUCGCCCAAGGUUGAAGCAUCAUGGGACCAUUCUGUUCCAGCUGCUCGACAUAGCAAAGGAACCAGUACUCACACUUCUGAAAGGAGGCUUGGGCGGGAUUUGGAUAGGAAGGACCAGUGGAUGGAGACUGCAAAACCAGAUAUUCAGAGGAAGAGUUGGUGGAACGAGAACUGGAGGAACAACAGCAGGGAAGCUGAGAGGCAGCCACAGCAGCGAGAUCAUAGAUCCAAACCAGCAACUCGGCACAAUCCUAUUCAGCAACCUAACCACCCUGAGCCGAAUGGUUCAGUGACCCAUCGCGGGAAAGUGUCUUCUGCACUAGAGCUGGCCCAAGCAUACUCAAGAUCUGCCUCGACUCCCAACACAGAUGACCAAUUUUCCAGCCAAACGGCCUCGCCGGGGCGGAACCAAGUGCCGUUUUCUAGGCUGACGGAUAACUCCAGGCAUCAUAUCAAGAUCAACGGUUACUGAAGAAGCUGAGUUUGGAUGAAUAUGGGUGUUUCCCCUUAUCAAAAACAGCCAUUACUCAUUUACACAGCUGCUUACCUAGGAAUAAGACUAGUGUUUGCGGCUCUUUACUGUAUAGUCUGAUGCCGUCAUUGUGGUUGCCUGAUACUUCCAUGUUUGAACAUACUACAAACAACUUGCUCUCAAGUCUCAACAUUCCAACAUCAAUCAAACCUGAUUUUAUUUUCUUUGUU